AUGGCAUCCUCACCCGCUGCGCCGCAGUCAUCGGCGUACAUCGACCUCACCAUGGACGCCGAGUCGCUCUCCGAACUCUCCGACGACGAAGAGAUGGUCAAGGCCAUGCCCGGCUCGUCCAACAAGUCGGCACUCAAAAAGUCGGCUUCAUCCUCUGCUCUGCUCAAGAAGUCGUCGUCGUCGUCAAAGCAGAGCCCGGCCGCUAAACCAAAGCCCAAGUCGAGAAAGUCCGAACCCACUGCCAACGGAGCAGCAGCAGAGUCCACCCAUCCGUCCUCGUCCUCACGCACCCAAAUCAGCGAUGUCGUCCGUGCUCGCACCCACGUCAACCAAGACGGCGGCGUGCAGAAGCUCUGCCACCAGCACCACCAACCCUGCAAGGGUGCGCUACUCCAGUGCACCUUUAUGCGCGCUCCGGGCAAGCGCUGCCAGGUCCGAUACUGCUUCUCCUCCCUCCGCCGCUUCUACGACCAGGAUCCAGAGACCAUCGUCAAAUCCAAUCGUAUGAUGGUCAAUCCCGCAGAACACUGCCCGCCCACCGAGGCAAAGUACGCCUGGAAGUGUCCGCGCUGCCGCAAAAAGUGCGACUGCUCCACCUGCCGCAAAGCAGCCGGCCUUGAGCCGCUCGGCAGAUGGGGUGGCUCCGCCAAAACUUCCGACACCACCAAACCAGCAGAACCCAAAUCCGCCAAGGGCAAAGCAAAGGCCCAAGACGAUGCCGCCAAGCCUGCCAAAACCGCCGCCGCCAAGGGCGCAAAGGGUGCCGCUGCCAAGGGCAAGGAGCGCACGCUUGCCGAGGCUGUAGCCGCAGCACAGAAGAGCACCGGCAAGUCAAAGGCCAAGGCCAACUCCAAGGCCACCAACGGAGCAGAUGGCGACGACGACGGCAUCCACACGCCCCCGCCGCAGGUUUCGGCGACCGCUGCAAAGAAGAAGAAUGCACUCGCCUCCAUGCUCUCCGGAGGCAGCAAGGCACCCAUCUUCAGGCCGCUCAAGCCUCCCGCCGAGGUGCCACCGCCGCUGUUUGAGCUCAUCUCCACCAAGCUGCCCGAGGACAACAUGCGCGCGCGCAUGUGGAUCUACGAGAGCAUGGUGCGCUUCGACAAGUUUGGCCUCAACCGCUCCGUGCUCUCGCAGCUCGACAAGUUUGAGCACUGGACGCACGCCAUGGUGCAGGACAUGCUCGCCUGCCUGCUCAAGACCAUCGCCGGCCUCACCAACAUCGACAAGGGCCAGCCCACCAAGCCGUUCGCCAGGGCCGUCACCGCCUUCCGCACGCACGGCAAGAGUCUCCAGCGAGGCGAGCCGUGGGCGGCGGCUACCGAGCUGCUCGGCGUGCUCGGCUUGACCCGCACUCCGCUGCCGCACGUCGAGCACGACAUUCCCGUCGAGGUCGAAGCAGCCGCCGCCGAGCGCUCGCCCUCACCGCCAGCCGCACGUGUCACGCGAGCACGCCGCGCCAAGGAGAAUCGUCAGUACGACAUGGCGCGCCAGCUCUCCAUGCUCGAUGAAUGGGAGGCGGAAGAGUUUGGCGAGGCCGGCGCUGAUGCCGAUGACGACGACGAUGCGCCGCGCGGCGGCAGGCGCGCUCGAGGCUCGGCGAAAAAGUCAAUCUACGUCUACGAUGACCCGAGCGACGACGACGACAGCUUAGCCGAUCCAGACGACAGCGCACGAGGACGUCGCUCGGGACGCGCUCGCCGACCGGUGCAAAAGGAGCCCACGCCCGAAGUGCGACUCACGGGUCGACAGCAGGCCAUCCGUCUGCAGCAGGAGCAGCAGAAGGAGGAGGCCGAGCAGGCUGCCAAACAGGAGCAGCAAGACAAGCACGCCUCGGAAUCACGCAAGCGUUCCAAGCCGUCGAACCACGACGCCGAUUCCGACUCGGCUCUGAGCGAGGCCAACUCGGACGACGGCAGCGCAGGCGAAGACGAACACGAGAAUGACAUUGGUCGAUCCAGCCGCAAGAGACGCAGGACGGCAGUCGGCAGCUCGGACGACGAAGCCGAGCAGGCCGACGAGCAGCGUCCGGGCAGCGUCAACGGCAAGUCGGAGGCCGACGUCUCGAUGGAACAGGACACGCGCGAGAUGGAGAGCCCGGAUCUCGAGACGAAAGUGUCGAUCCUGAGCGCGCUCAUCGACGCUGCCGUCAUGGCGGACGGUGUGGCAGACGAACUCAAAGCGGCCAACGACAACAUCGCAGCGCAGGAGCGCACCAACAAGGCGGCCAACGCCGACAUGGAGAAGGAGCUGGCCGCGGAGCUGGCGGAGCUCAACAAGCGCGCGCCCAGCAUCGUGUCGCCCAAGUACCAGGCGUGGAAGGCGGAGAAGGCGGCGCUGGAGCACGACAAUGCAUGGCGACGGCUGGAUGCGCGCGUCACCUCGGAGCUCGCGGUGGACGUGCAUGCGGUGCGCACGGGUCCGCUCGGAUACGACGUGGAUGGCCGCGAGUUUUGGCAUCUGCGCGAGUACCAGGAGCGCAUGCCCAAGUUCACCGAGGGUCGGUACGCGUGGUGCCUGGUGGUUCUGGGAGCUGCCUUUCCCGUCGAUCCCAAUCAAGCAGCAGCGGCAGCCGCCGAGGCGGAGCAAGCCGAUGCCAACGGCCCCAACGGCGAGACUAGCGCAUUGCAGGACUGCAAGGAUGCGGCCAAGGACGAAGGCGACGAUAGCGGACUCACCUCGCUCGACGAGUCGUCGGAUGCAGCCGCCGCCGCCGAGGCUGGUGGUCGCCUCGGUCUUCCCAGGUCGCUCGCGCCCAGCAACGCGCGCGUGUGCAUGGGAGCCAAUGCGCCGAGCGCGAUCAAGGCGCUGAUCGAGUACACACUGUACCGGCUGGAGCGCGUCGAGUACGAGGAGAACGCGGCGAUGCAGGAGCGCGAGCGACGCGUGCAGCUCGCCAAGGACGUCGAUGCAUCCACGCCAUCCGCCGACGAGGGCGUCGAGAGCAUGUACAGCCUGCGCAAAGCCAAGCAGACCCUCAAGGACACGCAGGAGGAGCGACGCACGCAGGUGGAGCAGCUCGUCAAGCGGCUGCACAAGUCCAAGGAGUACUUUGCUUGGCAUCGCGAAGAGCUUGCACCCUGA